AUGACCCUGGAUACCCUCACUCUUCAAGGCAAAGUCGCCAUCGUCACCGGUUCUGGUCGCGAGAAUGGCAUUGGCGCGGGCAUCGCACUGGCCCUCGCUCGCAACGGCGCGAGCGUCGUUGUCAAUCACGUCUCUGACUCCACUGCCAAGCGUGCCCAGAUCGUUGCCACCAAGCUUCGCGAAGCAGGUGGCCAGGCCAUUAUCGUCCAAGCCGGGGUUGAUACCCCCGAAGGCGCGAAAAAGGUCGUUCAAGCUACGCUUGAUGGUUUCAAAACUGAUCACAUUGAUAUCCUCGUCAACAACGCUGGCUCCGGGGGUCUGGUCGAUAUUUUCGGCGAUCUCGAUCCUCAAGAUCUCAACCAGGUCUACCAAACCAAUGUCAACGGCCCUCUUUACAUGAUCAAUGCUGUUGUGCCUCACAUGCCGACCGGGGGUCGCAUCGUCAAUGUUUCGUCUACGCAGGCUCAGCGGGGCCACAACAUGCUUCUGUCUUACGCUGCAUCCAAGGCUGCCCUUGACAACCUUACUUGGUCGCUUGCCGGUGUGUUGGGAAGAAGUAAAGGCAUCACCGUCAACUCAGUUCUCCCAGGGCCAGUUCUGACCGACAUUGUCCCGCCGCAGUAUGCGGAGCAAUUUAUGCAACCCGAAAUUGACAUUACGCGCGCAGCGGACCGGGCCGGAACGCUGGAGGAUAUUGGCGACGCGGUGCUGCUUCUUGUAAAUGAGAAGGCGCGAUGGAUCACGGGUCAAAACAUCGGCGUCAGUGGCGGCGUUACUCGAUAG